CGCAGCUUGCGGCGGAAAAUUAGUUCAGUGCUCGGCGGAGAUUUGGACCAUACACUUGUGUGUGCUCGCUUCCAAAUCGAAUUAAAUUAUCCUGAGUCCGAAAUUCAAGGAUCUUGACAACUUCAAGUUUAUUAAGAAAUAAGUACCAAGUGAUUAUCCUUUGUGGAAGAAACCCUUUCUUGCUACUUCCAAGUACUUAAUCCAAAAUCGAAUUCAAUUCACAGUGCGAGUGCGUGUGUUAAGCUAAAUGCAAAAGUAAUCAAAAUCGAAGGCAUUAAAGCGACGCGGCUGGAAGUCAAUAAAAAUAAACUACAUAAAAGCAACUUGCGGUCCCGGAAAUAAUGUCAACCACUGCCGAUCCCGUGGCGCUGGGAGUGGGUUUGGGGGCCAGUGCCCCCCCUGGGGCGGAUGAGGCUGUGGUGGCCAAAACCUCCACAACGGUGGCCAAUGUGAUUGCCAAGACAGUGGCCGUAAUUAGCAAUGCGGUCUCAACUGGCGCCACUUCCUCAUCCACACCCACUUACUCAACCACCACCACCUCCUCCACGCCCACUCCAACGCCCACUCCCAUUCAAUCAUUACCCCCAUCCUUGGAGGAUGCCGAGCAGAAACUCAGCGUGAAGGAUUUGAGCCAGGCCCUGCAGCAUUUCGGCAUUGUUGAUUACUUGGUCUUCAUCGCCAUGUUGGCGGUCUGCGCCGUUAUCGGCUUCUAUUUUGGCUUUAUCGAAAAGAAGCAGAAGAAGCAGAAGUUGGCCAAAAAGGACGGCGGGGGGGCGGCGGGCGUCGAGGAGAGGCGUGGCUCGGAGGCGUUGGACUACCUGGUGGGCGGGCGCCAAAUGAAGGUGUUUCCGGUCGCGCUGUCACUUGUGGCCAGCUUCGUGUCUGGAAUUUCGCUGCUGGGAACCUCGACGGAGAUCUAUGUGUAUGGAACCCAAUACGCCUUCAUCCUGGUGACCCUGGCCAUCUCGGGAGCCAUCUCGUGGUACAUCUUCCUGCCCGUCUUCUGCAAUCUCCAGCUGACUUCCACCUAUGAGUACUUUGAAAGACGAUUCGAUCGAAGGGUUCGCAUCUUUGGAUCCUGCCUCUUUGUGGUGAUGAAUAUUUUAUGGCAACCCAUCUGCAUCUAUGUUCCAGCCUUAACUCUAAAUCAAGUUUCUGGAAUAAGUGUUCACAAGAUUGUACCCCUAACAAGUUUUGUUUGUAUUUUGUACACCAGUGUGGGUGGUAUCAAGGGUGUUGUUUGGACGGAUGUCAUUCAGGGCAUCGUUAUGGUUGGAUCCAUGCUUAUAGUCAUCAUUAAAGGCACUAUGGAUUUGGGUGGCCUGAGCGUUGUGUUGGAGCACAAUCGUCAGUACGAUCGGCUAGUUGGUCCUGACAUGACCUUUGAUCCCACUGCGAGAAUGGGUGUGUUUGCCUUGUUUAUUGGUGGCGCUUUGUUCAAAUUGCAGGCAAAUGGCAUUAAUCAGGCCAUAGUUCAGCGUUACCUUACUUUGCCCAAUAAUAGGGAUGUUAAAAAGGCCCUAAUCCUAUCCCUAAUUGGCUUUAUGCUCGUCAUGUUGAUGUGUGUUUAUAUUGGAAUGUUGGCAUUUGCUGAGUUUUACCAUUGUGAUCCCAUCACAACGGGGCUUGCUCGUGCCAAGGAUCAAGUUAUCCCACUCUAUGUGGUCAAGAACGUGGGUCAUAUUCCCGGCCUGGUUGGUCUAUUUGUGGCUGGAGUUUUCAGUGCUGCCCUGAGUUCUCUUUCGACGGCCCUGAAUGCCCUUUCCGGUGUGAUUCUCACGGACUUUGUGGAACCCUAUAGGAAAAAGCCCUUGACUGAAAGACAAACCGCCUAUUUGUUAAGGGGAGUGGUCAUUUCCUUUGGCCUGGUCUCGAUGGCCAGUGUUCCGAUUGUCCAGAGAUUGGGGCUAGUCAUGCAGCUAUCCUCCACAGUGGCGGCCAUUACUUGUGGCCCACUCCUGGGAGCCUUCAGUGUGGGCAUGCUACUGCCCUUCGUUAAGACAGAGAGUCUUCUCACUGGCAUCUCGUGUGCCUCCACCUUUACAGCCUAUAUUGUGGUUCGAGCUCAGAUUGCAAUUUUCACAGGAGCACUGACUUUCCCAGCGAAACCCGUUUCUGUGGAAGAUUGUGACUAUACCUUUGAUCUCCCCGAGAAUUGGAAUGCCACCACCACGGCCAGAACUCCAAUCGAAUCCACUAGUCAUGGCCUUCAUGAGAUCUCAUUUUUGUGGUACACCGCUGUGGGUUCCUUGGGCACUGUACUUGGAUCUCUGCUGGCCACUCUCUACUUUGGUCGCCAGGAUCCCCGUUUGGUGGAUCCCGAACUCAUCAGUCCAGUACUGAGAAAAUUCUGGUAUGGAAAGUACAAGAGUGUGGCCAGUGAUAGUGAUGAAAAAUCCGAUUUUAACCUCCACGAAUCGGAAACUCAGCCCAAAUUGGAGCAGUCCGAAAAGUCAUAGGGAUAGUUAUUAUAUCUUACUUUAAUCCCGUAAAUAUAUUUACAGUGUAUUCAAAAACCCAAAAACAUUGUAGUUUAUUUUUAGUUAUAACAUUUUUUGUACCUUAAAUUAACCGAAUGCCUAAGCUUGAUGUUUUUUAGCUAGCUUAUAUAAUCAUCUUUCCAAAGGGGUCUGUCCUUGAUGAAUCCUUACUU